GUGUGGAUGUGGAACGAGCUAGAGUGAGGACAGAAACAGACACAGAGGAGAGAGAGAGAGAGAGAGAGGGAGAGAGAGAGAGAGAGAGAGAGAGAGAGGAGGCAUCAGUCUUUCUGUAGCAUUAUCAAAUCAACUUGCCCUGUGUUCUGUUUCUUCCUGUGUGACUGGAUCUGUCAGUCAGUUUUAUUUCCUGGAUCUGGAUGUACCAGGGGGGACGUUUCGUGACAUAACACUGAGCCCAGAGGACCAGACUAGGACUUCCUGUGAUGGGGAAGCAGUAUUCUCUUGGGGAGCACAAUUUCACCUGGUCAGAUACCCUCCACUGAUCGGUAAUCUGUCUCUCUUCAGAGGUCUGAGCAGUUAGCGUUUUAAUCAGCGAGGACAUAGAGGGUUUCGUCGACACAUUGACGUCAGAGACGUAUCAGGAAUUGCGACUGGAGAGGAGAAACAGAGGGGAGAGAUGUUGGCGCAGGGCGGGCCUUGGGCCCUGUCUGUCAUAUCACUGGUCCUGCUGCUGUGGCAAGAAGUGUCUGCUAUCGAUGUUCCUCUCGAUUCAAAGAUCCAGCAGGACCUGAAGCAGCCUCCCACCAUUAUGAAACAGUCGUUGAAGGACUACAUUGUUGAUCCCAGAGAUAACAUCAUCAUUGAGUGUGAGGCCAAGGGGAACCCCGUGCCAACGUUCUCAUGGCGACGGAACGGGAAGUUCUUCAAUGUGGGGAAGGAUCCGCGGGUGACGAUGCGGAAGCGCUCAGGAACGCUGGAAAUCAGCUUCCGGAGCGGAGGGAGGCCAGAGGACUACGAGGGGGAAUACCAGUGUUUUGCCUCCAACGACUUUGGAACGGCGCUGACCAACAAGAUCCUACUACGAGUGUCCAAGUCUCCUCUGUGGCCUAAGGAGGUGUUGGAGCCAGUGGUAGUGGGUGAGGGAUCUCCCCUGGUCCUGGCCUGUAACCCUCCUCCUGGUCUGCCCCCUCCGCUCACCUUCUGGAUGGACAGCGCCAUGAUGCCUAUAACCCAGGACAAGCGUGUGUCCAUGGGUCUGAAUGGAGACCUGUAUUUCUCUAAUGUGCUGGCUAAAGACUCCCACACAGACUACAGCUGCAACGCCCGAUUCCUCUUCACCCACACUAUCCAGCAGAAGAACCCCUUCACACUCAAAGUGCAGACCAAGGAGCCGUAUAAUGACACUUCCUCUGUCAACUCCACUGACCCGUACGGUGGUCGUAAGGUAGCAGAGACCACCCCUAACUUCCUCUCCCCCACGGGGACUGACAGCUCGAGGAUGGUGAUGAGAGGAGAAAAGCUAAAGCUGGAGUGUAUCGCUUCCGGAGUUCCAACUCCCAGUAUAAAGUGGUUUAAGAAGGGGGGAGACCUGAACCAGAAGGUGAAACUAGACAACUUCAAUAAGACUCUGCGCAUUGACAGUGUGUCAGAGGAGGACGCAGGGGAGUACAUGUGUAUGGCCAACAAUCAGAUAGGAAGCAUCCGACACUCCAUCUACGUCCAGGUUAAAGCGGCUCCCUAUUGGCUGGACCAGCCGUCCAAUCUGGUGCUAGCGCCGGAUGAGAACGGUCGUCUGGUGUGUCGGGCCAAUGGAAACCCCAAACCUCACAUCCAGUGGCUGGUCAACGGAGGGCCGAUCGACAGCAAUAGCUCCUUGCCCAACCCUAGCAGAACGGUGGCAGGUGACACCAUCAUGUUCCGCUCCGUUCAGAUCGGCAGCAGCGCUGUGUACCAGUGUAAUGCAUCCAAUGACCAUGGUUACUUGCUGGCCAACGCAUUCAUUAGCAUUCUGGACAUGGCCCCCAGAAUGCUGGGUCCGAAGAACCAGCUGAUAAAGGUGAUAGAGAACAACAGAACCUUCCUGGACUGUCCCUAUUUUGGCUCGCCACUUCCUGAGCUACGCUGGUUUAAGAAUGGUCAAGGAAGUGGUCUGGACGGUGGUCACUAUCGGGUCUACAUCAACGGGACCCUAGAGAUCAAGCGUGCACGGGCUGAGGACCAGGGGACCUACACCUGCGUGGCCAGCAACAUCCUGGGCAAGGAGGAGAACCAGGUCCGCCUGGAGGUCAAAGAGCCGACACGUAUUGUCAGGGCUCCAGAGCACCAGUCAGCCAUCAGAGGCACCAUGGCUCGUUUCGACUGCCGGGUCAAAUCAGACCUCACCCUGCCCAUCACUGUUACCUGGCUGAAGGAUGACAAGCCUCUCUCCCUGGGAUCGAGGUUGAAGAAGGAUGAGGAUUCUCUGUCCAUCCCCAAUGUCCAUGAGGGGGAUGAGGGAACAUACACCUGCACUGUUAAAACAGAAAUUGACCAAGACACUGCCUCGGCACGCCUUACUGUGUCAGAGGACGCCUCCCUGUCUAGUGUCUUGCCUACAGACCGUCCUGACUCUCCCACGGACCUGGAGCUGUCUGACGCUAAAGAACGCAACAUACGACUCACCUGGAUACAUGGAGAUGAUCACAACAGCCCCGUCACAUUGUUCGUGGUUCAGUUUGAGGAGGACCGUUGGGAGUCAGGCAAGUGGCAGAACCUGUCUAGUUAUCCCGGAGACUUCAACACUGUCAUCCUGGAGCUCUCUCCAUUCGUCAACUACCAGUUCAGAGUCAUCGCUGUCAAUUCUGUGGGCCAGAGCCUCCCCAGCCUCCCCUCGCAACGAUACCAGACCAGCGGAGCCCCUCCAGAUGUUAUCCCUAGAGGCCUGAAAGGCUGGGGCACCAAGAAGAACAACAUGGAGAUCAGCUGGGAGCCCUUGUUGGACACAGAGCGAAACGGCCCUAACCUGCACUACUCGGUGUGGUGGCGACGUAAGGAUACGGGGGAGGAAUGGAGUAAUGUGACUACAGUGGGUGCAAAGCACAUUGUCCACGACACAGAGACCUACGUACCCUAUGAGAUCAAACUGCGGGCUGUGAAUGACUUUGGACCGGGAGGCGAGUCUAACAUCAUCAUAGGAUACUCUGGGGAGGACAAGCCCACAGCCCCUCCCACUGACCUGCGAGUGUCUAAGAUUGACAGCACCAAGGUCAAUGUCCACUGGACCCCAGUAGAUCCCAGCACUGUAUUGGGAGAGUUCAAGGAGUACAGGGUGUACUACUGGCGUGAGGGCAGCAUGGUGAAGGGUCUGCGUGUGAAUAAAGAGAAGAAGACUAAAGGGUUCUACAGUACCGUGGCCCAGCCUACUGGCAUACUGACAGACCUACAGCCAUACAGCCACUACCGCAUAUACAUGGUGGUCGCCAACAAUCGCUACGAGGGACCGCCUAGCAACCAUGUGGAGUUCCGUACCAAGGAAGGAGUGCCAGAAGCUCCUAAGUUCUUUAAGAUCAUCCAGCGGAGUACAGAUGUUAUCCACCUGGAGUGGGACAAACCCCUGGAGCCUAACGGCAUUCUGAUUGGAUAUAAACUCAACUACCAGACAGUGAACGGGUCGCGUGUAGGCCUUAUGCAGAUGCAGAGUUUCCUACCUAACGUGACAACGUACACACUCCGCCUGCCCGAACGAGCCAUCCGCUAUAAGUUCUACCUGGCGGCCCUCACACAGGUGGGAGCAGGGGAGGUCUAUGCUGAGGAGUCUCCACACUUCACCAAUGAGGAAGACUUUUUCAGCUCAGUCGAGCCUACAGAUGUGUCCGUGUCUACAACUUUCCCUCCACCUCCUCCCACUACUACCGCUGCUACUACAACCAUUAGUACCUCAACUACUACUCCCCCUACCACUACUACCACUACUACCACUACUACUACUACUACUACUACCACUACUGCUGCGACUACUGCUACCACUCCUGUGCUGGUUACCAGCACCAAGCAAGCACAUACGAAUGUGUUGGUAGGCAUGGCUCCUGGGAGUGUGAUCUGGAACCUGACGGUGGAGCCUAACAGUAACUACGCUAACGUCAGCUGGAACCACAACUUCCCGGCCGGCAGCAGCGAGUUCCAGCUAGAGUUCACACUGGACAGCAACGGCAGUAUGUCAAGCGUACCUGUGAACCAGCCGCCCAUUAAGCUGGCGGGACUGAUCGAAGGGGCCAAGUACCACCUGAGGGUGUACUCCAACGAAUACCACAGCAUCUCCAGCAAUGUUGUCACCUUUGAGACCAGUGCAGCCUACAGUAAAGACCAGGUGGACAUUGCUACCCAGGGCUGGUUCAUCGGGCUGAUGUGUGCAAUUGCUCUCAUCAUCCUCAUCCUCCUCAUCGUCUGCUUCAUCAAGAGGAGUCGCGGAGGCAAAUACCCAGUGCGAGAGAAAAAAGAUCUCCCUCUGGAUGCAGUGGAUCAGAAAGGAGAGGACGGAUCAUUUGACUACCAGAACGAAAAUGAGAACGAAAACGAGAACAGUUGUUCCUUCAAAAGGUAUGGAAGGAGUAGAAGCCUGUUCUGCACAGUGCACACCACAACCAGAAUAACCCUGAACAGCGACGAGGACAACAAGCCUCUGCAGGGCAGCCAGAACUCUCUGGACGGCGGGGUGAAGGAGAGUGACGACAGCCUGGUAGACUACGGCGAGGGAGGGGAUGGCCAGUUCAACGAGGACGGCUCCUUCAUUGGCCAGUACACAGUCAAGAAGGACAAGGACGAAACAGAGGGCAAUGAAAGCUCAGAGGCCACCUCACCCGUUAACGCCAUCUACUCGCUGGCAUAACCCCCCCGCCCGCCUCGGCCUGGGGAUCUGAGGAGCUCCCCUUAGCGGUCGGAGGGUGCUAUUACCACCACUACUACUACCACACACACACAAACACAGAUAUGAAUAUGAAUAUAUAUAUAUGAAUCUAUAAAAACACGUAUACACACGUAAACACACAGCGCCUGCCUGGAAACUGUUUGUCCUCUUUAAGCGGACGGAGAAACCAUUCCUCUGAGAAAUAAGGGGGUGCGAAUGGAAUGGAAGCUACCAUAUACAGUGAGCCAAGCCUUUAUUGUCAGCUCCAGAAAAUGGCUUGCCGAGGCAAAGUUUGGGAAUCUUGAACAGUACCAGUUUCUCUAUGCUCCUCCUCCUCCUGCCCGUCACACAGACUUUAGUGUGCCUAAAGGGCUGACCUCAACUACAGAGGACUAAGAGGCAACGCAGAGGUUUUCAAGCAUUUUGUGUGGCACUAGAGCUUUUUUGUUUUCAACGUCCUCAGCUUUUCCCGCAAUCCCCCUCUUCGUCCCUCACAUAUCACGCCCCCUGUGUCUUUACCCAGCAUUCCUAGGGAAGGAGACACAGACGCUCCUCCUGUGAACAUAUCAGCUACGGACCACCAACAUAGCAGGAUGUCGGCAGAUAUGUUUAUCAUAUUGAUAUUUCCGCAAAGAGAGAUAAUUCUGGUACAAUAGACGAGUCAUUAGAAUAUAUUAAUGCUGUAAACACUGCUAGCUCACCUUCUAGUGCGCUGCAAAACUAUGCACUACCACCACCUCAUGUUUUUGGGUAAAGUCUGGUUAUGAAUUCAAUUUUUUUUUUGUGUGUGUUGAUUCUCACAGGUUUAAAGAAGAAUAACUUGCUUAAUGAAAUGGUAUCGUUCCCUCCCCAUCCCGCUGUGGUAAAUGUACUUCUGAUUCACCUCCAAUCUCAAGUCGUGUGGAGAUAUUCAAAAAUGGCCACAGCUAUAGCAAUGCCAUUCCUGCCUCAAGCUUUGUUAUGGUACAAGCCUAUACUAUGUCAGUUAUAAAUGACAUUUGAAGAAAAAAAAUGUUUUCAAGCAUGGUAGUACUUUAGUGCAAGAGACAAAGGAAAAGUAGCAUGGAGAGGAGGUUUGCUCUGCUUGGUAAACUGCUGUAGACUGUCUGUCCAUCUCUAUGGUGAAUGGUGCUCCAAGGAGGUGACUCACUUCUUGUUUACUUCCUGUUUAGCAUGGCUGUGAUCCUUAGGCUAGGCUUGAUCGGCACCUCUUUCGUCUGCUUCUUUUAUAACUGGUCUCGUUAUGGGACAGGCAGAAUCUGUAGUGGCAUGUCUUCACCUUCAAACUUCUCGAAAUGAUUUGGAAUUAUAAUUGACUCUUGAAGUCAAAACGAAACGAAAUACUGCUACAAAACAUAUUCAAUGUCUUUGAAUAUAGGAUACAGACAACUCUGUGAAGGUAAUGAACGUCCCUGCAGAUUCCACCUGGCCCCUAGUCAUCAUUGUCAUACGAAGUCAGUAUGUCAAGGAAGUGUGAAGAAGUUAGAACACAUCGAUACUAAUACAUUGGUGGACCUCCAUUUUACCAUUUGAUCCUUUCAAUAGUAGAACUCAUUCAUGAGUCUUCCUUGAUGUUUCACCUCUUGAAGCGGUAGAAAGCUCAACACCCACUUUUACAACCUAUCACAACAGCGUUACUAAAGUCUUUCACGUUAAAUCAAAUAGAUCUUAGCUAUAUAAAAAAAAUGACAAUUAGCUAACAGAGGUCACAUUGUAUUUCAGAUGACUAUUUUAUAUUUUAAUUUAUUACAUUAUGUCAAUAGUGUUAAUUAAUAUAUUAGUAAUUCACUCAUUAAUUGUUGAAUACACAUUUUUGACCAACUGAAUUAAUGGUAUCACAUCAGAGCCCACUCUGAAAGCCACGAUAAAAAACUUAACGGGAUUUGUUAUUGUACAUAAGAAAAGGAAAUUCUGCUGUAUGACUCAUCUUUUGUUGCUAUGGGUAUUCUUCUGUAAACUAACAACAUUGACUGUCACCAUUAAAGACGUUGUGUCGAUCUAUUCAUUGUGCUGCUCUUCAUGUUGAGUAUUCAUGUUUGUAUUACUGUUAAUAUUCCAUGUUGGUAUUAGAAUUUAUUUAAUAUAACUUUAACUUAACACAGAAAUGUAACAUUGCUUAUUUGUUUGACAUACUGUAACUGUGCGUACACGUAAGUUCUGAAACAAUAUGUCUUUGUAAAUAUCUAUCAGAAAAACUGCUUUAUGAGUAAAGAAAUAGUCACAAGUCUGUAUCCACCAAGCAAAUGUACCUGGUGCAUCCCAAGAAUGAUGUCAUGUGGACCUUUGCAAUGUAGCUUUGAUUACGAUUGGGAUUGGGGACUCAAAAUGACUCAAUUGAUGUUGUCCCUAAUAACAGCUUUGAAAUUGUAAUAUAUGGCUUGUGACUUGUCUAUCGGUCCGUCAUUUUUCUGAUUAUCACUAAUUCAAAAGAAACAGUUGAGAAAUAACACUAUGUUGUGGAACAGGUAUAAAGUAGUCAGCCACAUUUAUGGUGUAAAUAAAAAGUGCUAAUGAAAUGUGUUGUUGUAGCAUACUGCACACACCUGUUCAAUAGGUAUGAAAAAAAAAGCAUUUGCUGAGGUAACGGAUAGCCAAUUUACCCCUAUUUUGUUUGUUUUUGUAUUGUCGUCUCUUAAUAAGGCAACCCCAGACUUUCUCAAGGCUGCACAGACUCAUUCUCCCAUCAUGCCAUUCACCUAACAUGCCUGCUGCUCCACUCCUCUUGGUGACAGCCCAGUGGCUGGUGGCCAUUUUGAAAGGGACAGAUUUGGUCGUGUGCUUCAUUAUUUAAAGAGAUGUCUUGUGUUCUGCCUUCCUCCUCAUCUUAGACUUUUAAAAAAUGUAAUAUACUGUAUGGCCAUCAACAUCCUCUGUUAACGGGUCCUCUUUAAACCUUCUUUCUCCAGUAUAUCAAAGCAAGUUUUGACCCAUUUUGUUUUUCAUGUUGUUUCUUUGUGGUAAAGUUCACCGUGACCACCGGGUAGUGACUACAUUAGCCUACCAUGCACAGACACCUGACCACUGUAUUAAUAUGAGGACACAGGAGGCCAGGAGUGCUGGCAGAGACACAAUACAGUGCCUUUCCUGUUGCUAUAUGCUCUCCUCAACAAGACAAAGUGCACAGAGAGACAGUCCAAUCACGAACCUCCAACAACCCUUAAAAACGACUGAAUCACAGAAUGUUCGAUGACGGAUUUGGCCUUGAACUCACCGUUGUUUGAGUUCUGUACAAGCCCUUUCCCCUGAUAGCCGUUCUCCUUUCCCCGUAUGGAUCCGUAAGGGGUAAUUAGUGAACUGGCUAGAAAACAGAAAAUAUAAUAAUGCAUAUUUGCUGAUACACAGUGCUUUCUUCUGUAUUUUUAUUUGUUUGAGCACGUUUACUGGAGGUGCAUAAGGAGUAGUGUUUUUUUGUUCCGUUUGUAAUGUGUGUAUCAUCGACACGACUCCUCCCUUAGAAUAGCAAAUAACUUUUCAACUAUCAAGGGGUAACAAAAAUGUAAAAGUAUCAAUGUGCAUUUUCACAGCUUUGAGUUCACUUGACUUUUAGAUUCUGCAAAACUGCGGUUUUAUUCUUCAACGAGAUGCCCAUAACAAUUAUAAAAUUGGCGCAUGUAUUGUUAUUGUUCAUGUUCUUGUUAUUUGAAAUGAUUUUAAUUUCUGCUUUUUACUUUUACAAUUAUAAGUGUAUCAAAGCAGCUCGUCCGUCAAGCCUCGACUCGCAAAAGAACAGCUUUUGUAACGUACAUCUAAUCAACGGAGAAAUGGCAUAUUAAUAUAUUCACAAUGUAUGCGUGUAUGAUGAGAUGUUGCAACUUCGGCUAGAAACGCCUUCUUUAUAGUAAAGCAUUCUCUUUUUCUCUAAA